CCCGGUCCUCUUACUACGUACACUGGAAGAACCCUAUCCGGAAGAGAGGUGAAAAUAUUGAGUAUGAUCCUACGGAUGUCGACGAAUGGAUCAAAUAAGAAUUUGGAGAGAAGAACCCAGAAGGUGGCCGAAUGGCAGUUGUCUUCACAAUUCCCAUCUGCCAAAACCCAGGGGGCGAAUCAAUAUGUGGCGUCCUUGAAAAGAACAAUCAGAACUUCUCUUGCAUGUGUGGCGAAUUCAGCUGGGGAGGAGGAUGGCCCUAUGGUCUGGAGAAGGAUGAGAUGGCAGCUUUUCUGGCUCGUAGCGGUUUUAUGUUUUCGGAUGACUGACCGGACUGGUACGAGCGCAAGAACAAGUGCGAGAAUGCGACGGGAAUUGACUUUAGGGGACAACUGGAAGCUCUGCGCAAAGAUGGAGGUCCCGAGAUUUCAGAAAACAUGGCUUCAUACUCCACGUGUGAGAGGCGUCGCAAUUCUUCGGUACACCCAGGUUGGCUGGAUAAAGACAGGGCGCAGUAAACUGAUAGAGCUUGAUACACAGAAAAAGGGGAAGGGAAAAAUACCGGGAUAAGUCUCGGUGAGGUGACGUGUUUAACUGGGGAUAUGGAGAAGUAAUAAAUGGCAAGGUGGCAGUUGUACAAUGUGAGCUUCGAAUUCAUGAGGCAACAGUAAGUGAAGUCUAGGCUUUGUGUUGACGUUCG